GCUGGGACUGGAGGCAGAGGGACCAAGAAGGAAGUAAAAAGAGCAGAGAUCAACGUCAUGGCAGCAUCAAGCCAGCGGAGGUGUAGGGCAGCAAGUAGGACAGCGGGACAUGAUGAGUGAUGAAAGCAGAGCCGAGCAGGGCCAGAGCAGCAGAGGUGAGAAGCAGGACAUGACCGGUGAUGAUUACGAACAGAGGAGGGUCAGGGAUGAAGCCGCACAGGGCAGGACCAGUGAUGACUGCAGAGCCAGCGGGAGUGAGGAAAAGGUGGUGUGGAGAGAAGGACUGGUGGAGGGGGCAAAGGAAGCAUUAUGAAGGAGACCAGUAGACAGUCUGAGUUCUCGUGGCCCUCAGGGGAGAAGUCACAUUCAUGAUGUGCAUGUGCCGUGCAGAUACAGAAUGGUAAAUAGCUCCACCAAUAAUGACCCCUCAGCUACUGUUGGCAAAGUCCGAGAUUUGGCUUCUUUCCGCCGACACUUCCGGAUGGGUUUCAUGACCAUGCCGGCCUCCCAGGACCUGUCCCCUCACUCCUGUGCCUCUGCCAUGGCGCCACGCUCACAGUCUUGCCAUGCUGUUGGUGCCGGAGAUACGAGCCUAGAGAAUGGAGAUUACUCUGACACCCAGUCCCAACACGGUGGCCGCUGCCCACCAGCCAAACCCAAACGCCAUCCCAGCACUCGCCUCAGCUCCUCAUCCGCUGACAGCAGAGGACCUCCUGAGACACCACCACCUCCUCCACCCACUCAUUCACAGGCCAAACACUCAGACAAGAAAAAUGUGAUGAAAAAGUCUGACUCUGGAGAGAUUGGAGCAAAGAAGGUGCCUCCUUUGAAGCCCAAAAGAAGCCCCAGCACCCAGCUUUCCUUUGACCCUUUUCCUCCACGUGUGCCUCCUUCUGCCACAUCCCUGCCUUUCCAGGCCACAGACUCUCAGAUUCAGACAGGAGAUGGGGAGGAUGAGCCAGUCUAUAUAGAGAUGGUGGGCCAGGUGUUCACCAGAGACAGCCAGACGGCCACCCCCCACCCUGUCACCCCUGUGGCUACCACACCAGAUUCUGACUCAGAUCAGAGUGAGGCAAUCUAUGAGGAGAUGAAAUACCCGCUGCAAGAGGACAGAGAGUCCCAGAGACACUUCCUUCCCAAACAUGAGAAACUGAAAUCCUCUAAACACUUCCAUGUCACUCCCUCCUCCUCCUCCAGCAGCUCUUCUUCUUUGCCGCGGCCCUCCUCUUCCUCUCCUUCGUACUCCAAACCCAAAGCUACCGUGUCAAUUUCUCAUUCGUCUCCUCUGCCUUCCUCUGCAUCCUCCACCCCUGUUCCCCAGGUCCUCUCCUCCAGUCCACACACCCCACGUGCCCCUACUCCCUACCUGCUGCAAGGGAGUAAAUCCGAGGUUGAGGGAAACACAAAGAUUCCAGCUCCUUUCCCCAAUCUUCUACAGCACCGGCCCCCACUGCUUGCCUUUCCCCAGCCCGCAGCGGCCUCCAGCGGGGUUGGAGUCCAAAACAAGGGGUCUGCUUCUGUUAAAAUGGGAACUCAAACAUCCAGUGUGACGACUCAAGUCAGCACCUCCUCCUCAACUUCUUCUAAUGUUCCUGUGUGUCUGUCAGGCUCAAAGGAGUCAUCAGGAGGAAGCACAACCCAACAGGACAAACACAGCAGAGAGACACAGCUUGGUCCUGCUCCUGGACUUAGAGCCAGGAGUCACUCCACGCCCCUGCCUCCAUCCUCCAAAUCCACCUCUCCUUUCUCCCAUCACCACCACCACCCACACCAUCGCCCCUCACAUUACCAUCACUAUCGUAAGCCUGAGAGAGGAGACUCCCCUGCUCCAACCAAGAGCCCUUCAAACCAGGCCACAGUCCAGACACAAACCUCAAGUACAAGCAAGGAAGGCAAGUCAGUUAGCUUCCUCUUGAAGUCUGAUAAAGGAGAGAGGGAGAAGGAUAGGGACAGGGACAAGGACAGGGAAAGGGAGCGAGAAAGAGAGAGGGAUGGAGGUAGAGACAGAGACAAGGAGAAAGACAAGGACAGAGAAAGAGACCGGGACAGAGAUAGAGACAAGGAGAGGGACAGAGAAAGAGACAGAGAAAGGGAUAGGGACGGAGGGCCGCACUCCUUACAGAUGGAUACUCCCACAAGCAGCCAAACAUCUCAAGGCAGCACCAGCUCAACCCCUACGCCGUUAUCUUCAUCUCAGCGUCCUCAUUCACGCCCACAUCUCCGCUCUCACACUCCUCAUGGCCUACCAGCAUACAAGCCUCCCUCUUCAGACAGCCCCCUGCUGUGGACCUACCCCUCUGGUGGCUUCCGGAGACCGCCAGCUUAUGAGAGUUUGAGAGGAAGCUCUCAGACGCCUUCACUGCAACAGCCCUCAAGUCUUACCGGUGUAGGUGAGGGGGCAUCCAAGAGUAAUGGAGGAUCUACAUCCCUCCAGUCAAAAGUUGGGUUCAUGCCCUGGGACAGCAGUGCCAGUUUAUUUGCAGAUGAGGUGUCUUACUGGCCUAUGCAGAGAAAACUGUCCUUCAGCCAUGGGAGCAGAGAGACAGAGAAGGAUGAAGGGCGUGUGUGGAAUGGCAGUGCUGAUGCCCUAUUAAGGGUGGAUAAAGAGGAGCUAGGGGUGGGGUCUCGAGGCGGACACUCAGGCAUCCCGGUCUAUUUCAGUGGUGCCACCAGCAGAGCCCUUGGUCACAGUGAGUCCUUGGCCGGUGUGGAUAGCAGCCCAGGAUUCAGAGCCCUACCCAGAGUAGGGCUACCUCUUCCCUGCCAGACUUUUCCUGCCUGUCGAAAUGGAGAAGUGGGGCGGCUGGGCCGCUCCUCCUCUGCUGCUGGAGUGAGACAGGUGGAUGGAGGAGACGUCCAGAGACAGAGCAGUCUACCAGCACGAGACGCCCUGAAUCAGCUGCAUGGUCUGACCCAGCCUCAAGUGUCAGCUCCAGUUAAAGCAGCAGCUCCAGCAGCUUCAGCAACAGCACCACCUGCAGUUGCAGUUCCAGCAGCUUGCCCAGCUGGCACAGGGACAGUCUCCUGUCAGCGGAGGCACUACCCCAUCCACAAUGCAGACCCAGAGAGACGGCAAGCUGCUGGAAGUCAUCGAGCGUAA